AUUAUUAAAACUAGUCGAACUCGUCCGAGUUUACAAUUCAUUUGUCUCUGCUUUCAUGGAGCAGAUUUAACAAAAAGCAUUCAUAUUUAUUUAAACUUUGGUAUAACUAUAAUAAUUGUAUUUUUGUUUAAAAUCUAAACUGAAAAGUUAAGGACAUACAACUAAGUUAUAAAGAUAUUUGGAUUGAAUCAAGACAAAUAUUGUUUUUUGAAAAUGUCGUCACAACGAUUAGAACAGGAACUAGAAUGUCCGAUCUGUCUGGAAAGGUUUGAUACACCAAAAGUGUUGCCAUGUCAACAUACAUUUUGUGCUGAUUGUCUUAUAAACAUUACACAAAGGGGAAGCGUGUGUUGCCCAGAAUGUCGGGUAGUCCAUCCCGUUCCUCCCAAUGGAUUACCUAUCAACAUCGCUAUUCAAAGACUUCUAUCAACGUCCAAGCCGUCAAAAUAAUGUUCCAACAGUUAACGUGCCAAAAAAUGUUCCACGAGAAAGCGUGGGAGUCAGUAUAAAAAUCACAAGAUUCAGAUGGCACGUACACUACACCACAUAAAAUAUCAUUUAUAAUAAUUUACUUUCAGUUAUCUGUUUAGACAGUAAAAACAUUAUAAUAAGUUUUUCUUUCCGAUUU